AUGGCCGCCCGUCCCCACAAUUCGCCCAACGGCGUGUCCGCCACCAGCGGGCCAUCGAGCCCCAGCUCCGCCGUCUCCUUUGCCUUUAGCUCCUUCCACGACCCUCGACGCCAGCAACAUUAUGACAGCGAUGGGCAGAGCGCAGACGAAGACGAGUAUUCGUAUACAAGGUCAAAGGGGAACGUCCGCCCGUGCGUCAACAUCUUUAUCUUUUUUUCUCGGAUUUUUGAUUGUGGCAUAUACAGUACCGGCGCUUGCGUCCAUUGCAAGUCCCUCAAGGUCCGCUGCCAAUUCGACCGCGGCCAGUCGUCCUGCCAGCGAUGCAUCGCCGGCAAACACGAAUGCGUCGUCCGCGGGCGCAAGAAGCGGAAACCAGCUCCGUCACACGAAGCGCUCCUCGAAAAAUCCCACCGCCAGGACGCCACCAUCCAGUCCAUACUCCAGCAGCUCGACCAGAUCAAGGCCGAGAAGAAAGUCAAAGACUGGAUUGAGAAGGCCCAGGAGGAGGUCGCCUCGGCUUAUCCCCGAUACGGCUUGAGUGGGAGCCAGUCCCUGCCCGACGUCGUCAAGCGGGGCUUUCUGCAGAUGGACGAGGUGCAUGAUCUGUUCAAGCUGUAUGUGGCGUUGCUGCCCGUGCGCCCACAGCCGUUCUUCUCGAUCCUCGACCCAAACUACCACACCCCGAACUACCUCAUCCACACCUCGCCCUUCCUCUUCACAGUCGUAUGCACGGUCGCCUCGCGCUACUACGACGCGCGCCCGGCGCUGUACCCGCUGCUCAUGUCGUUUGCGCGCGACGCGGCGGGGCGCGCGCUCGUGGACGCGUCAAAGGCCGUCGAGACGUGCCAGGCGUACCUCCUGCUCGCGGUGUACCCCAAGCCGCGGAAGCGGUGGGCGGAGGACCGCAGCUGGACGCUGAUGGGCGUCGCCAUCCGGCUCGCGCUGGAACUAGGCAUCAACGAGCCGCCACCCCACCCGCCCACGCCGUCCUCGCUCAACCUCACGCGCACCUGGCUCAACUGCUUCUGCGUCGACGCGAGCCACGCGACGCAGUACGGCAAGCUGCCGAUGGUGCGCCUCCAGGACGACUACGUCGCGCGGCACAGCCAGGACUGGUGGCGCUGCAGCGAGGGCAACCUCGACUACGACAUCCACCUCUGCGGGUACGUCGACAUCCUCCUCGUGAUGGCGGAGUUCCGCCGGAUCGUGGAUGGGGAUGAGGACGCGGCGGGGCAGGAGGAGGGGGAUAUUGUGGAGAGGCUGGUGGGUAUUGAUCGGAGGCUCGCGGAGAGGAUUGCGCAUUGGUACCAGCUGUACCAGACGCAGACGUUCUCGACCGGUGCGUAUCCGAUUUGUCGGUACCGCGGUAAUACGACGAAAUUAAUCGCGGCGUACUCGCGAUUGGUCGUCCUGGCGCAUGCCUUCCAGCUGGAGUUCAAGAAGCGUGGGCUCAACAGGGGCUGCUAUAUCGUCCGGCAGUCUGUCACCGAGGCAUUGCUGGUAUUGAAGAUUAUGAUCGAGGACAUGUACCCGGUCACGUAUCCCACGCGGAUGCUUCGGUUCUCGAUGGAAGCGCACUUUCUUUACGUCGCGUAUGCGGCGGCGUUCUUGCUCAAUCUGCUCCGGCCAAAAUGCAAGCCCCUGCUCGAGCCGAACCAGGAGCAGAUCAUCGUCCACGAGGUCGGGCGUCUCAUUGAGAUCCUCGGCUCGAAGGAAGUCGCGCUGGACGGCCGGCACACGCCCAUGCUGUACUCGCGCUUCCUCUCCUCCCUCCUCGCCAAGUACGAUCACUCGCGCGCUGCGCGGAACACGCAUUAUGCAGCCUCCUCCUACUCCCCGACGACAGGUGAGAUUCAGCCGCAGUACCACCAAGAGCGUGACCCGACGCCUCCGCACAUGUUCUACUGGCCGGACACCUCGCAGGUGUCGGGCAUGGACCAGUCCGCUCAGGAAUUUCCCAGUGGGACGGUGUACCAGCAGUCCGGCGAGGCGGACAUGGAUUUCAGCAUGAACCACUUCCUGCAGACGGUCGUCGCCGGGCAGCAGAAUGGGACGUAUGGAGCGCAGUUCCACAGUAACUCCGGUGCGGCGGAGGCCAUGGACGAGCGAUGGGGUAUGCCUGCGCACGGGGGAGAUGAUUUCUUUGGAGCCAACUUUACCAAUACUGGUUGGCCACACGUCGCUCCGCAAGGUCAAGUACCUCAGUAUGGUCAACCAUGGACAGGGAUGAGGUCAUGA